AUCAUCAAAAGUUAUUAACUUCAAAAACAAAUUUUAGGAUAAAAUAUCUCGCUUUAGAUUGUUAACAUUAUAAUUUUUUUUGCAAAUUUAAAGCUCAAAAACAUUUAAAACAUGAGUUUACUAAAAGAUUCCAGCAUCUUCAAGUCUUCUGGAUAGUUGUUACUAGCUAGUCCUUCUGCUAGUCUUUAAUUUAUUAAGUAAGAUAAUCAUUUUGGAAGCUAAAAUUAUUUUCUAAGACCAUCAAGCAGGGGAUCUGUUCACCCUAGAUAAAUUUUGAUCUAAUAAUCAUAGUAAAAUCACACAGCUUAAUAAUAGUAAGUUUAAGAAAAGACUUCAUUUUUACCACAAUUAUCUUAGCAAUAGAACCUAAACAACAGUUAGCCUUAAUUGGUUGCUUCAAGAAAGAACUCUUUAAUCGCUAAAAAUAUGAGUACUGAAUAAUUAAAGGAUUGGUUGAUAGGUAAAUAACCUUCCUAACAAAAUUUAUUGUAAGGAGAGAAAAAUUAGAAUUAAGCAAGUAUUAAGGGUAAUCACAGCUUAAUAUAAAUAGGAUCUUCUUCAAAAAAAUAAGAUUUUUUUAAUGGAGACAAAAAAACAGAUAUAAAUAAUACUCAAGAAUAAAGUACAAUUCAGAACUAGGACAACUAGCAAAUUAAUCAAAUUUAAGAAAGAGGUAUUAUUCGUAGAACAUAACGCCGUGCGCAGAGUGAUAUAAUUUAUUAACGAUAACCAGACGUUUCUAAUAGCAACUAAGUGUAAACUAUCAUUCAAAAUACUUAACAAAAGAAUUAAAAUGAAUAAAAUUCAGAUGAAAAACAAAAAAAUGAGGAAAAUGAGUAAAAAACUCAAGCAAAAAUCAUUGUGCGUAAAAGACAUAGAAUGCCUUCUUAUAAUCCUACUAAUCCAUAAAAUUUUGAUUAACAUAGUCUAUAAAAUCAACAAAAUAACUUAUAAAACCAAUAAUUAGAAUCUUAAUAAUCAAAUCAAAUGCUACAAAAUUUUAUAUAAACUGAUAACCACAAAUCUGUUGAAUUUACUAAAUAAUAACCAUCACCUCUUAUAGAGGAGAAUUUCAGAUCAACUUUGAACAUGUUUUAGAGUCCUAAUAAAAAUAAUAGAGUCGGAUUCUCUUCUGCAGAACCUUCACCAAUUAAAAAACCUGCUUCGAUGACAAGCUUAAUGGAAAACUCUUCUACAGGUUUUCACAAAUUUUAAAUAAAAAAUUUGGUAAAUUCAAACUAUUCAAACACUGUCACUAUUCCUUAGUCAUAAUCUACUAAAAACCUCACUUAAAGAUAAAUUCUUUUGAAGGACCUAUAAAACAUAACAGAUUCUAGAAAAUUGCUAGAGAUAUCUAGUAACAAUGCACCUCUCAACUCUAAAUUGGGGAAUUCGUAAACAUUUUAGCACGAUUAAUUAAAUUAAUAAUUAGGAAAAAAGCUUACAAUUUUUAAUUCUCCUAACUCAAGCAGUUCUUCACCACUCGAUGAGAUGCUAUCAACAGCUAACUCAUCAUCCUCUUAGCAAAACCUUCCUUUGAUCAAAAAUAGAUAAAUUAAAAACUCUUCAUUACAGCAUAUUGAAAUGCCAUAAAAACUUUAAAUUCACUCUACAACAUCCAAAUCCUCUGUCAUCUAAAAUAUGUGGGGCAGCUCUUCCAAUCUUGACCAAACCAGCGAAUAAAGCUAGAUCUAGCCAAAGGGUAUUUUAAAAAACAAAAGAGACUCAUCAAAAGUCAAAAAAUAAGUUGCAUUUGAUAGGAAUCUGCAUAUAUUUGAAUUAGGAUAAGACUAGUAAUCUUGA